AUGAUACCAGGUCAAGUACCGCAACCGGUAUAUACUGCAUUGAAGAAUGGCACUUUCAUUAACAAUAUCGAUGCGUUCGAUCCAGAACAAAUCCAACCAUUCCUACCUUCUCUUUUGCUUUGCUCUUUUUCAUCAACUUGCACUUUUUCGGAUGAGUCAUUGGAUCAGCUUCGACGUCGUUUACUAGAAUUUCCUCAAUGCAAUUCGUUGUUUCAAAUUCUUAAUGCAGACAUUGUUACUGUGGAGAAUGAUUUGAAUAAAGCAACGGCGGAGGAUAUUGAAAGUAUUCGUAAAAUACCGUUUGAAACCGCAUCGCCGCAAAUGAAACUCAAAAUUGUCGCAUUUCUACUUGAUCAAAUUGCAAAGAAUAUGGAUAAUGCAACGAAUCUGGAUAUCUUUGAACAGGAAUCAACACUAGAAGAAGUCAUAUGUGCGAUGACCGUAUGUGCCUUGUAUAUGCCGAGCCGUUUCGAUCCCGCCUUAAUUAUUCAUCCUUUAUUGACAGUACCUAAUGCCGUAACUGUGAUUACUAUGCUAAUAUGUAAUGUCAGCGACUCAUUGGAAUCCACUGUUGAUUACCUAUUGAGGGCUCAGUUGCUAGAUGAUGAUAAUGUUAUCAGCAAAAACAGAAGUAAUUUGUUGCUAAAGCUGCUCUCUAUAGACCCAUACCUUGUUGAACCAAGCAUCUCUCAACUGUUGGAUGCAAAUACUUCAAGUGGCAAUAGUUUGGCGUUGAUGUUAAUAUGUGUUUGUUUAAACAGCACUCAGUUGAUAAACAACUUACUUUGCGCCUUGCUAAACAAGCGUUCCUUGACUGUCUUCAUCCAUCGAUCGUCCGACAAACCGGCUGUAAAACUUCUACGCGAUCGGAUUUCGGAGGCUAUAAUUGCAUUUUCAUCGAGUACAAUGAAUGAUGGUACUGAAGCCAGUUUAGCUCAGUUAUUAGCGGUUCUUCGUAUUAAUGCUGGUAUGCGCUUGAGUUAUGAUGAAACAAAUUCUUGGCUGCUGUUUCUUACUCGGACGGAUUUGAACGACGACCGAUAUAUAAUGACAGCAUUAUCUGUUAUCAUUGCUUGCCCACAAUUAAUACCGUUACAUCUCGGUGAUGAGAAGGAAGUGGAAGCUUCAAUUAUAGCAUUUCUGGAUUGGCUUAAGCAACGAGCUGCAUCCAGUGAAACUUCUCCAACUCUGCAGCAGUUCUUCAUUUUGUUAUCUAUUCAUUUGCAUGCUGGGCAAAGUGAACAACUUGCUGCUCUUAUUUCUAGUGUUCUUGCUUUCAAGAUUACUGUAAAUGUGCGAAACCUUACAACAUUGAAGAAUUUAUUCCUGCGGCAUGCCAUGACUGAACGUGAUAUAGCAGAAAGGGCUUCGCAAAUGCCCAUCACUCAUUUCCUUAGUUCUCAUCAUCAGGGAUUUCUUCCAGCUCAUUGUAUAACCCAGUUACUUUCAACAAAUUCAUUUUCAAAACAUUCUGUUCCUAUCCAGGAUUGGAUUGGUGCACAGAUAACAAGCUGUGCAACACCGUUACACCCUGUCGUAACAGAUUUACUAGAUGCAUAUGCAGCAAGCUGUUUUGCUGCUACUGAAUUCAGUUCUGCUAAUUGUCCAUUGUCAGAGGAAUUCGUAUUGAACAUAUUUGAUGGAGAAAUUAUGGAUGAAAACAAGAUGGUGUCGCGCUUACUUACAUUUUUCUUCCUUCUUUGUUACCGAAAAAGCUUCGAAAGCCAUGUUCAAAAGAGAACUGUUCAACGCUUUUACAGUGCCAAAAUCGAAGAAGUUAUACCGGUGCGAUUUCUGUUGAAUGUUGUUGAAACCCGACCGGAGCAUUUUCGUGCUAUUCGAUCACCAUUAGUUUAUUUAUGCGGCCUCUACUAUCCAUAUAUGCUCCCAACGGUUGAUUCGCUAUUGUUAUCUAUAGAUAAUGAAUUGAAGAAUCCUGAAAUGAAAACUAUCGCUCGGGGAACUCCAUUGUCUACAAGUUUACUAUUAAAAACUUUCGAUGGAAUUGAUGAAAAUCCUUCAAAUUCUAUGCGUUUCAUACGUCUGCUGCAGAAAAGCACACUUCGCGAACAAGUGCAAGCAAUGGAUGCUGUUGUACAUGCUAUGGUUGUAGCCCUCAAUUCAUCUACACCAGUGCCUUUUGCUAAUGGAGCAGUUGUAAUUUGGAAACGCUUGGAAAAUAUCAUCCCUCGAUCACUUUGUGAAGCUACAGUUUGUGCUUGGUCUACUGAUGAAUUGAAGCAUGAUUUGUUGGUCGAGCAACCAUUAUUUUUAUUUCGAUGCGAUGAACGAUUAUUCGAAAACGAUAUACUAUUUCCAUGUUAUUUACGUAUUCUUUCGUUUUAUUUGUCUGCAAGUCGCACAUUCUUAUUACAAAAGCUACAAAUUAAUCAGAGUGGAAGAGAUGAACAACGAGUGGAACGUGAAGAGCUAACGCGUUCAUUAAUUGGAGCGCAAGAUUCAGCAGUUGUACAGAUUUUAUUAGAGAUAUGUGGUCGUUUCAACAAUACCACUGUUCAUCGCCUUUGCUGUGCACAUAUCCAUCAGAUGUUCAUUGCCGAUCCCGUCCUCUCCAAAUUGGUUCAUUUUCAGGGUUACCCCCUGCGAUUAAUUCCAUUAGCUGUGCGGGAAAUACCAUCAAUGCAUAUUUGCCUGGAGUUUGUGCAUGAAAUUUUAGCAUUGGCGGAUAUCUCCAAGCGUAUGUUUGCCAUUGUUCUUAUUGCUGAGCUGGCACAGCAGUACAAAAUAGAAUCGUCAUUUAUUCGUGUGGAGCUAUUACUAGAUGUAUUAACAACGUUAUCACGUGCCCUGACCACCGAUGAAAAUUUACGCUUGUUAUCAAAAGCUGUGCCGUCACUGGGUCGUAUGAUGUCGCUAUUUCCACAAAUAUCAGCUGAUGUUGCACAUUUGUUAAUACGCAUUUCCUCUAUUGCCGCAUCCCGCAUGGCAGCUUCAGCGACUGUGUUGAAAACUGAAUCAUGUAUGGAGAGACAUCUAAUCACGCUUAUAAACAGUGUUCUUUGUGAAGCUGCGUCUGAUAUAGCCGGCCUUUCCGUCAAGUCUUAG